AGGCAGAAAUUGUAUAACAAUAAGGCCAAAUAUCGCCAAGAUGUCGGAUCAAUUCUCAUCAGUAUCGUCAAUAUGGAGCCUCCUUACACGCAAAGAUCCGGCGUCCCUCUCCAGACACGCCCGGUGCUUAGCCCAUUCAAUCCGUCAGCCCUACAGAGCCUUAACUCUAUUUUACCCCCUAAGAAAAAUGGCUUGACCAUUAAUAUCCAUGAUCAUUAUGCAUCAAAGCGCUAUCGCCCUGGCUCCAUAGUUAUGGGCACUGUCAACAUCAAGCCUAAGAAGCAGAUUCCUUUCACCAAGGUCUCAAUAAAAUUUGUUUGCGACUCAAGCGUCGAGCGACCCAAUGCGAAUUUGUCAUUUGAGACAUGGCAUCGAUUACUUGAUCUGGACAUGCCAAUUGAGGAAGCGGCAUUACCAACUACUAAGAUCCUACAAGCGAAUGAGACUUACACGGUUCCAUUUUAUUUUGUACUACCCAAUGGCCUCGGUACAGAGGCCUGUUCGCAUAACGUCAUAUGGCAAGAAACACGACAGUUGCACUCACAUCUUCCUCCCAGUAUCACCGGCUGGGAGAGUGAUGCCAUGAUCCCAAGAGGCGUGCGCGUUGACUACGGUGUCAUUGCUCAGGUUUGGGACUCGGCAAGCCCAGAGUAUGCCAAGAUGGAAGCCAAAGAAACCGUUCAGUUCUUGCCAGGCCAUGUUGAACAUCCGCCUCUGAAGAUCCCGACAGCAAACCGAACUUUCAAGUUCGGGUCAUCGAAGCAACUCAAAUCCAAUGUCUUUUGUCGCUCUUCGGGCGAGAUCACGUUAUAUACUGAUCAACCCAACGCGAUCGUUCUUGAUUCCAGCGGAAAGAGUUUCCAUCCUACAACGAUUACAACGUCUCUGAGACUAAAGCUGUGCGACCAAAAGACUAGCUUACCACAAACAUGCAGUGUUUCUGCAAAGAUUGAGUCAGAGACAUGGUCACAAGAUGAGCCCAUGCAACAGCUCCCUCAUAUCGUCAACGCGAGAGACUGCUAUAAUGGCUCCGAUACUCUCGUGAAGAAGUCGGAGGUCGGCUUACGUUGGGAGAAGAAUUCACCGAAACAAACAGACAGUAUUGUCACCGAGACUGCUGAGACAUUCAGUAGCCAUAUCGAAAUACCCAUUACAAGUUUUGCGAGCGAUAAGAAAAUGUUUUUGCCCACUUUUUAUUCUUGCCUGAUUGCCAGGACAUAUCAAUUACAUCUAACGAUUAAUGUUGCAUCGACAACCCUGAAGCUGGUAUUGCCGGUACAGCUCACAAUGGAGGAGCAGAAAGGAGAUGUGCAGCCCGACGCUGAGGAUAUCGGGCUUCCAGAAAGCAGCACGAGAUGUUCCAGUUCAUUGCCGUCAUAUAUCGAGUCGGAAAGGAGGCAUUCACAGCCUGAGCAAUAAUCCGUUAUAAUGAAUAAAAAAUUGAAGUUCGUCGUUAAAAUAUCCCCAACAAUGUCCAUUUGUCAAUUC